GCUUAGUUGCAAUUCAGAUGUCGCCGGUUUUGGAUUGAGGCCGCAAACGAAAAUGAUAAUAACCGCUAAAUUGGUUAGCAUUUGUCUGGGCGUCGCGCUGACGGCGUUUACCGUGUCGACAAUUGUGCUGGCCGUGCAGAAGGCGAACUUGACAGCCGAUUUGCGUGAGGCCCAGGAUAAGCUCGAUCUGCUCGAGGCGGGCCUGGCGUCCAGCACGGCGGCGCCGUCGAGCACCAGUGCGGGCCCAACACCGGAGCCGGGCCCAACCCCGGAGCCGGGCACCACUGCGGCGCCGGAACAGAUUGACUAUCGCCUGCCCAGCGCCUUGAUACCCAACAAUUAUGAUCUCUAUUUGUAUCCAAACAUUGAGACGGGCACUUUUAGUGGCGAGGAGACAAUCAACAUAACCGUCAACGAGGCCACGGACCAGAUUAUACUGCAUUCACUUUAUCUGGAAAUCAAUGGUGUGCAUGUCUUCCAAUCGGAUGAGGUCACCAUUUUGGUCACAGAUUACACAUUUGAUACCGUUCGGGAGUUCCUCAUCAUCAAUUUGAAUACGAAACUGACCGCGGGCGCCCUCGUACUGCUCAAUAUCGAAUUCUCCGGAAAUAUGGCCAACAAAAUUGUGGGUCUAUACAGCUCCUCGUACGUGAAGGCCGAUGAGAGCCGCAAAUUGAUAGCCACCUCCAAGUUUGAGCCAACCUACGCUCGUCAGGCGUUUCCCUGCUUCGAUGAGCCCGCCCUGAAGGCCACCUUUGAGAUCACAUUGGUGCAUCCGACGGGCGACAAUUAUCAUGCGCUCUCCAACAUGAACAUGGAAUCGGAGCUUGACAAGGGCACCUACACGGAGGUCAGGUUCGCCAAGAGCGUGCCCAUGAGCACAUAUCUGGCGUGCUUCAUUGUCUCCGAUUUUGAGGCCAAAACGGUGCAGAUUGAUACCAAGGGAAUCGGCGAGGCCUUCGACAUGGGCGUCUAUGCCACCCCCGAGCAGAUCGACAAGGUUGACCUCGCGCUAACGGUGGGCAAGGGCGUCAUCGAGUACUAUAUUGAUUACUUCCAAAUUGAAUAUCCGCUGCCCAAGCUGGAUAUGGCGGCCAUACCCGACUUCGUGUCCGGUGCCAUGGAGCACUGGGGUCUGGUCACAUAUCGGGAGACAUCGCUCCUCUACGAGGAGGCCACCAGCUCCACUGUGAAUAAGCAGCGCAUCGCCAGCGUGAUAGCACACGAGUUUGCGCACAUGUGGUUCGGCAAUUUAGUUACUAUGCAUUGGUGGAAUGAUUUAUGGCUAAACGAGGGCUUUGCUAGCUUCAUUGAGUAUCUCGGCGUUGAUGCCGUCUUUCCCGAAUGGCAAAUGCGAGAUCAGUUUAUCGUUAGUACUUUGCACUCAGUGUUUACCCUGGAUGGCACUCUGGGCUCGCAUCCCAUCAUUCAGAAGGUUGAAAAUCCGGAUCAGAUAACGGAAAUCUUUGACACCAUUACGUAUUCCAAGGGCUCCUCUCUGGUGCGCAUGUUGGAAGACUUUCUGGGCGAGACAAUCUUUCGCACAGCGGUUACCAAUUAUCUAAAUGAAUACAAAUACGAGAACGCCGUAACGGACAACUUCUUUGCGGAGAUUGAUAAAUUGGGUCUGGAGUACAAUGUGUCGGAUAUAAUGCUCACUUGGACAGUGCAGAUGGGUCUGCCGGCGGUCACGAUCACCAAGGUCUCGGACACUGAAUACAAAUUAACGCAGAAGCGUUUCUUGGCCAAUCCGAAUGACUAUGAUGCAGUGCACGAGUACUCGGAAUUCGACUACCGCUGGUCCAUACCCAUCACCUAUACCACCAGCGCGGAUGCCACGGUGCAGCGCGCCUGGUUUUAUCACGAUCAGAGCGAAAUCACCAUUACUGUGCCCAGCGCUGUGGAGUGGAUCAAGUUUAAUCACGAUCAGGUUGGCUAUUAUCGCGUCAACUACGAGCAGUCCCUGUGGCAGGCACUGGCCAAUCAAAUGGUCGCCAACCCGGACGCAUUCAGCGCUGGUGACCGUGCCUCCCUGCUCAAUGAUGCCUUUGCCCUGGCCGAUGCCACGCAGCUGCCCUAUGAGAUUGCCUUCGACAUGACCAAGUAUUUGGCCAAGGAGCUUGAUUAUGUGCCCUGGAGCGUGGCUGCCUCCAAGCUGACAUCCCUGAAGCGCACCCUGUUCUACACCAGCAGCUAUGUCAAGUACAAGAAAUAUGCCACAGCUCUGAUUGAGCCCAUUUACUCGUCCCUCACCUGGACUGUGGGCGAGGAUCAUUUGGAUAACCGUCUGCGAGUGACCGCCUUGAGCGCCGCUUGCUCCUUGGGUCUCGAGUCCUGCCUGACUGAAGGCGGCCAGCAGUUCAAGAGCUGGCUGGCGACGCCCGAUACGCGUCCCAGUCCCGAUGUGCGCGAGACGGUCUACUACUAUGGCAUGCAGUCGGCGGGCAAUCAGGAGAUUUGGGAAACCGUUUGGCAGCUCUUCAUCAACGAGGCCGAUGCCAGCGAGAAGUCGAAGCUUAUGUAUGGCCUGGCCGCCAUACAGGAGCCGUGGCUGCUGCAGCGUUACAUUGAUCUGGCCUGGAACGAGGAGUAUGUACGUGGUCAGGACUACUUCACCUGCCUAACCUAUAUCUCGGCCAAUCCCAUGGGUGAGCCGCUCGUGUGGGACUAUGUGCGCGAGAACUGGCUGCAGCUGGUGGAACGCUUCGGUCUGAACGAACGCUAUCUGGGCAAUCUGAUACCCUCGAUAACGGCUCGCUUCCACACCCAAACGAAGCUCGAGGAGAUGGAGCAGUUCUUUGCCAAGUAUCCAGAAGCUGGCGCCGGCACAGCAGCACGUGUCCGUGCACUGGAGACGGUCAAAAAUAAUAUUGUCUGGCUGGCCGAAAAUCUCGAAAGCGUCGACGCCUGGCUGGAAACGCAGGAACAGCGACUGCACUGUCGCCAAUUUCUUCAGUUAGCUGCCGUCGAUCAAACGGCCAAGAUGUUUUUGCACGGCAAUUUUUUACGGGUGGCUCUGUUUUGGGCCGUUGCGGCCCUUGCGGCGGCCACAAUUGUGGUCGCUGUGCAGCGCAACCAGCUGGAGGCGGAUUUGCGGGAUAUGCGCGAAAAGAUUGACAUGUACGAGGCGCUUAAUGGAUCGCAGCUUGCAGUGGACCCCAAUAAACGCCAGAAGCGUCAGACUCGAGAGGAGAUCGAUUAUCGUCUGCCAACGGCACUCGAGCCCCAGCAUUAUGAUCUCUAUCUGCAUCCCGAUUUGGAAGCGGGCACCUUUACGGGCCAAGAGAAAAUCACAAUUAAAGUGCUGGAGGCGACCAAACAAAUCGUUUUGCAUUCCCACAAAUUGAACAUAACCAGCGUUUAUGUGGAGAAUCGGGAGCUGGAGAGCCAUGAGCUGGACGAGGUGCGCGAGUUUCUCAUCAUCAAUAUGCAGGAGCAGCUGCCCGUGGAUGCGGUCAUCACGCUGGGCAUUGUGUUCGAGGGCCAGUCGAUCAACAAGCUGGUUGGGCUCUACAGCAGCAGCUAUACAACGCCAGCCGGUCAGCACCGCGAUAUUGCAACCACCAAAUUUGAGCCCACCUAUGCGCGACAGGCGUUCCCCUGCUUCGAUGAGCCCGCCAUGAAGGCUACGUAUGCCAUCAGCGUGGUGCAUCCCAGUUCCGGCUCCUACCACGCGCUCUCCAACAUGGAUCAAACGGAGACGACAAAUCUAGGCGAGAACACGAUGGCCACCUUUGAGACCAGUGUGGCCAUGAGCACCUAUUUGGCCUGCAUCAUUGUCUCCGAUUUUGACUCGGAGUCGAGCACGGUGAAUGCGAAUGGCAUUGGCAAGGAUUUUGCGAUGCGCGCCUUUGCCACGCCCCAUCAGCUGAAUAAAGUGAAAUACGCGUUGGAAUUCGGCACAGCCGUCACCGAAUAUUAUAUACAGUACUUUAAUGUCGAAUAUCCCCUGCCCAAACUGGACAUGGCUGCCAUACCGGACUUUGCCUCCAAUGCCAUGGAGCACUGGGGCCUGGUCACCUACAGGGAGACCGCGCUGCUCUACGACGAGGACUACAGUUCCACGCUAAAUAAACAGUCCAUAGCCGGUGUGUUGGCCCAUGAGAUUACGCAUCAAUGGUUUGGCAAUCUGGUCACCAUGAAGUGGUGGAAUGAUUUGUGGCUAAACGAGGGUUUCGCCCGCUUUAUGCAGUACAAGGGCGUGCAUGCAGUGCAUCCAGAUUGGGGCAUGCUGGAACAAUUCCAAAUAAUGGCACUGCAUCCGGUGCUCGUGUUCGAUGCCAAGCUCUCCUCGCAUCCCAUUGUACAGAAAGUGGAAUCUCCGGAUGAAAUCACGGCCAUAUUCGAUACCAUCAGCUACGAGAAGGCGGGCUCUGUGCUGCGCAUGCUGGAGUCCGUUGUCGGCGCCGAGAAUUUCGAGCUGGCGGUCACCAACUAUUUAACCAAAUUCCAAUACGCCAACACUGUCACCGAUGACUUCCUGACGGAGGUGGCCGCCCAGGUCACCGAUUUCAAUGUGAGCCAAUUCAUGCGCACCUGGACGGAGCAGAUGGGCUAUCCGGUGCUCAAUGUGCGGCGCGCAAGCGAAGCUGGCUUCAUCAUUAGCCAACAGCGUUUCCUCUCGAACAAGGCCAGCUAUGAGGAGGCGGUCGAGUCCACUGAAUUUGGCUAUAAGUGGAGUGUGCCCAUAACCUAUUUUCUGGACACGUCGGAGAGCAACGAGGUGCACAGCUUCAUAUUCGAGUAUGAUCAGGAUGAGGUGGGCGUGGCUGUCAACACGGAUGUUAAAUGGCUCAAACUGAAUUCCCAUCAGCUGGGCUACUAUCGCGUCAACUAUGAGUCCGACAUUUGGCAGCAGCUCAUCCAGCAGCUGGUUGAGCAGCCAACGCGUUUCGAUAUUGCGGAUCGCGCACAUCUGCUGGACGAUGCUUUCGCCUUGGCCGAUGCCAGCCAGUUGUCGUACAGCGUGCCGCUGGAGAUGACCGCCUACCUGUCGCAGGAGACGGACUUUGUGCCCUGGUAUGUGGCCACCUCCAAGCUGCUGUCGCUCAGAAGCAACCUCAUGUUCACCGACAGCUAUGUCUCCUAUUUGAGCUAUGCGCGCACCCUGCUGACCAAUGUCUACAAGGAGGUCGGCUGGACAGUCGAUAACGACAACCAUUUGGGCAACCGCCUGCGUGUUUCUGUGCUGGGCGCAGCCUGUGCCUUGGGCGUGGAAGAUUGCCUGCAGCAAGCCGAGGAGCUAUUCACCAAGUGGCUAAACGCGCCAACCGCCGCCAAUCGCCCAGCGCCCGAUCUGCGCGAGCUGGUCUACUACUAUGGCAUACAGCAGACGAGCAGCGAAGCCAGCUGGGAGCAGCUUCUGGAGCUGUUCAAGUCCGAGUCCGAUGCCAGCGAGAAAUCGAAGCUAAUGUACGGCCUGUCGGCUGUGCAGGAUAGUCAGCUGCUCUAUCGCUUCCUCGAGCUGGCCACAGAUGAGAGCAUUGUACGCUCCCAGGACUAUUUCACCUGUGUGCAGAACAUCGCCGCCAAUCCGGUGGGUCAGCCCAUUGUCUGGGAUUAUUAUCGCGAGCAGUGGCCACAGCUCAUCAAUCGAUUUGGCCUCAAUGAUCGCAAUCUGGGCAAGCUGAUAGCCAGCAUAACGAGUCGAUUUGCCAGCCAGAUAAAACUGGAUGAAGUGCAGGAGUUCUACAGCAAGUAUCCAGACUCUGGAGCGGGCGCCAGUUCCAGGCAGCAGGCAGUUGAGACGAUCAAAUACAACAUUAACUGGCUCAAGGAGAACUCCGACGACAUUGCCAGCUGGCUGAGCGGUACGGCCGCCCCAUUGACCUCUAAAAACCCAUUGUAAAAAAUUGACCACAAAUUUCCCUAAUUCAAUAAAUUCCGUUCCGUGGAAUAUUUCCUCAAUUACUUGCAUAAUAAGGCGAAUGGCCAAGAAAUAUAACAAUAAAGUAGACCAAACAAAUCAAGUCGUAAAUUUAAA